CAUAAAAGGGUCGACUUGAAUAGGGCAAUGACUAUAUGAACGUAUUUCCUUUUCAUGCUUUCUAAAGGGUAAAAAUCUUUAUUUAUUGUUUUCAUGCUGAAAAUUUGCCCCUUCAUCGAAUAUUAACACGAUUAAAGUCCAUUUCAAAACUGUGUUUUGCAUAUCUGUGUCAAACACGAUUAAUCGGAUUAUGUUUUUGGUAUUGUGAGAAUCAAUUUAGACAAAUGGUGUGAUUGAUGCUUGGCUAGUCUGGUGCGGUAGUUGGGAUAGUACUCAACACUGUUUGUGAUCGACCUCACCCACCAUAUGAAGUUUUCGCAUAUAAAAAGGCCCUGCAGCCAUGCAGAUGGACUCGCACAGAGAGAGAGAGAGAGAGAGAGAGAGAGAGAGAGAGAGAGAGGGGUACGUACGAGGCUGAGAAUAUAACGGGAAUAUGAAGGACGAGGGUUUCCAAUCCAUGGCUAAUGUUACUGUUAUGAGCAAGAAGAAGGUGGAGAAGGAGAAGAUAUUGAUAUUCGGAGCGAGUGGAUACCUGGGCAAGUUCAUGGUCAAGACCUCCCUUUCCAUGGGCCACCCUACUCUUGCUUAUGUCCGCUCCAUCAAUUCCGAACCUUCCAAGCAACGGUUGCUCCAUGAAUUCGAAUCGAUGAACGUUACCGUUGUCCAAGGUGAAUUGGAAGAGCAUGAGAAGCUUGUGUCGCUACUCCGGCGGGUUGAUGUCGUCAUCUCGACUCUCCCUGUCCCUCAACAUCUCCAACAACUCAAGAUCAUCGAUGCCAUUAAAGAAGCCCCCAACAUCCAGAGGUUUGUUCCGUCGGAGUAUGGAAACGAAGUGGACAGGGUCAAAGGGGCGCUGCCGCCAUUCGAAGCAUUGCUGGAGAACAAGAGGAAGAUCAGGAGAGCGACCGAGGCUGCGGGGAUUCCCUACACCUACGUCUCUGCCAACUCUUUCGCUGCCUACUUUGUGGAUUACUUGCUCCAUCCCCGUGAGCAGUGCGACCAUGUGGUCAUUCAUGGAACUGGCGAUGCCAGAGCCGUCCUAAAUUACGAGGAAGAUGUUGCGUUCUACACGGUAAAGGCAGCGACAGAUCCAAGAGUGGCGAACCGCGUUAUCAUAUACCGACCUCCAGGGAACAUCGUUUCCCAGCUAGACUUGAUUUCCAUGUGGGAGAAAAAGACUGAACGGACUCUUAAAAAGAUACACAUUCCAGAGGAGGAUAUGGUCAAGCUCACUGAAAGUCUGCCACAUCCGGACAAUAUACCGGUGGCGAUACUUCACAACAUAUUCAUAAAAGGAGAGCAGACGAGCUUUGAGAUGACGGAGGAUGAUGUCGAGGCCUCCACAUUGUAUGCUGACCAUCCCUACACUUCGGUUGAUUCUCUCCUCGACCUUUGCUUGCUCAAUCCUCCCAAACCCAAGUUGGCCUCUUUUGCCUGAUUCUCUUCAUGUACGUGUGAUCUAUGGCUAUUCUCUCAUAGUUUGCCCAAAUAUGUGUUUGCCCACCCCUGCUAUAUCACCCAUAUGUACUUGAUGAUGUAUCAUAAUAAUGAGGAUUUCCGUACUGUCUUAAGAAGCCGAAUGUUACAAAUCCCUUGUGAAUGUCUUGAUCCGGGCUUAUUUGGGGUGCAUCGGCCAAUGCCACUCAGGUUAAGCACGCGUCGAACAUAGUGCAUGGGUGUUUUGGACUUUUCAUGUUUUUGAUAAUUUUUAGCCUGUGCCAUCUCAAGUAUUUAUAAUGUCUACUCUUGUUAGAAUCAAUGACGCUUGUAAAGUUCUUUAGGAGGUUCAACAACUCAAACUCUCAUAUUCUAUAUUUUCUUUUAAUAUACGGUGCUUGUACCGUUGAUUAAUAUAAUUGAGUAAUAUAUUUUCUUA